AUGCACGCGUGUCACUCCCAACCUCUCCUCGACACGACACCCACUCCACUCUCUCCUUCCCUCCUCAAGCAUUCGAGGAUUCCUCACCGCUCAGAAGAAAAAGGAAAUUAAAAAAAAUCCCCUAUUAACGUGUUUUUUUCUCGGAAUCCAAACACUCUCUCUCGCACUGAACUCUCACGUUAGAAACUACCGUCAGAUCUGGAUCAGAACAAGCAGAGCUCGCUGGAGUCUGUUGCGGCGAUGGCGGAGUCACGGCGACGGAGCUCGUCUUCUUCUUCCUUUUCGCCUGUGAGAAUCGAAAGCGAAAUCGGCGUUGGUGAUGAAUCGGAGUGCAGAGAGGCAGCUGGUGUUGCUUCAGUUAGUAACGAUUUCUUUGUUAGGAAUCAGAGGGGGCGACACUACGACGGAACCAAUUCCGAGUCAGCUCUCCAAGCUAGAAAGAUCCAAAACCAAAACGAAGGGGCAAAGACAUCAAAAUAUACUUCCAGAGGAGGCUGCGCAAAUUUUCAAUGACAAGAUUCCUGUUCGGCAGAAGCGUAAAUUGUUGAAAAGAAUAGCUAGUGUCAAACAUGAUGGAACGGUAGAAUUUGAGGUUCCAGGGGAUGUAGAACCCCAAGCUCCUGGUGUUGGAUCUGAUGAUAUAUAUAAUAUAGUAGUUGAUGAUGAGCCUCUUGAUGCAACGGGCCCUCAAUAUAUACCACCACUGCAAAUAGUAAUGCUUAUUGUUGGCACACGAGGAGAUGUGCAACCGUUUAUUGCAAUUGGUAAACGUCUACAGGAUUAUGGCCAUCGUGUUAGACUAGCAACUCAUUCAAAUUUCAAAGAAUUUGUCGAGACAGCUGGGUUGGAGUUUUUUCCUUUGGGUGGAGAUCCUAAAGUUCUUGCUGGUUACAUGGUAAAAAAUAAAGGCUUCUUGCCAUCAGGGCCUUCUGAGAUAUCCGUUCAACGAAAUCAAAUAAAAGAUAUUAUAUACUCAUUGCUACCUGCCUGCAGGGAACCUGAUAUUGAUUCAGGCAUCCCUUUUAAGGCAGAUGCCAUCAUUGCCAAUCCACCAGCAUAUGGGCAUACUCAUGUGGCAGAGGCACUAAAAGUUCCGCUUCAUAUAUUUUUCACCAUGCCGUGGACGCCAACUAGUGAAUUUCCACAUCCCUUGUCCCGUGUCAAGCAACCGGCUGGAUAUCGACUUUCAUAUCAAAUAGUUGAUUCGUUGAUUUGGCUUGGAAUACGGGACAUGAUAAAUGAUCUUAGGAAAAAAAAGUUGAAGCUACGACCUGUCACGUAUCUCAGUGGUUCACAGGGAUCUGACUCUGAUGUCCCACAUGGAUACUUAUGGAGUCCUCACCUUGUCCCUAAACCAAAAGAUUGGGGGCCUAAAAUUGAUGUGGUCGGCUUCUGCUUUCUUGAUCUAGCAUCAAAUUAUGAACCUCCGGAAUCACUUUUGAAAUGGCUUGAGGCUGGUCAGAAACCUAUUUAUAUUGGAUUUGGUAGCCUUCCUGUGGAAGAACCAGAAAAAAUGACCCAAACAAUUGUUGAAGCGGUGGAACAAACUGGGCAGAGGGGCAUCAUUAAUAAAGGCUGGGGCGGCCUGGGUAACUUGGCAGAACCGAAGGACUAUAUAUACUUACUGGAUAACUGCCCUCACGAUUGGCUAUUCUUGCAAUGCAAGGCAGUGGUUCAUCAUGGAGGUGCUGGAACAACAGCUGCUGGUCUUAAAGCUGCGUGCCCUACAACCAUCGUGCCUUUCUUUGGCGACCAACCUUUCUGGGGCGAGCGGGUGCAUGCGAGAGGAGUAGGUCCUCCACCCAUACCUGUUGACGAGUUCUCCUGUACCAAGCUAGUUGGUGCAAUAAACUUCAUGCUAGAUCCGAAGGUCAAGGAGCGGGCCGUGGAUCUCGCUAAGGCCAUGGAGAAUGAGGAUGGUGCCACUGGAGCAGUAAAAGCAUUCUUUAAGCAUCUCCCUCCAAAAAAGCCCGAGCCCGAGCCGUCACCAGCACCAUCAAGUUUUUCCUGCUUCCGAAAAUGCUUUGGUGGCGCCUGAAUCUCAGCCGGAUCCAUUUGCUAUCUGUGGCCGUGUACUCAUCUAGAUGUAUAGCAUGAUCAGAUUCCUCGGUAGUGGUGUGCCCACCGAGUACUAACCGGGGUAUAUACCUGUUUUAUGAACUUGCAAUCUAUAUUUCUGGCCGCGGUAGACCCUA